UGACAGUUGUCAAGUGGAGGACACUGCCUGUUUCCACUCGGGAGCGACGCAAAUUUGGGAGAUUUACAGCAAUAGAUACCCAGAAAUACCCAAAUAGUAACAAUGUCUCAUGCAUGGGGAUACGCACCGGACAAUGGACCCGACAAAUGGUGUGAAGGCUUCCCAAUUGCCAACGGACCCCGCCAGUCUCCCAUUGACAUCGUACCUGGGGAGGCUGCCUUCGACGCAGCCUUGAAGGCGCUCACUUUGAAGUACGACCCUUCCACCUCCAUUGACAUUCUCAACAACGGACAUUCCUUUCAAGUGACCUACACCGACGACAACGACAACUCAACUCUGACAGGGGGGCCCAUUUCAGGGACGUACAGGCUUAAGCAGUUCCACUUCCACUGGGGCGCCAGCGACGACAGGGGUUCUGAGCAUACCGUGGCCGGGACCAAGUAUGCUGCCGAGCUCCACCUGGUACACUGGAACACCAAGUACCCCAGCUUUGGUGAUGCUGCUAGCAAGUCUGAUGGCCUUGCUGUUGUAGGAGUCUUCCUCCGGGUUGGAAAUGAAAAUGCCAAUCUUCAGAAGGUCCUUGAUGCUUUUGAUGCCAUUAAAGCCAAGGGUAAGCAGACCUCUUUCGAGAAUUUUGACCCCACCAUCCUGCUCCCCAAGUCCCUAGACUACUGGACUUACGAUGGCUCCCUGACCACACCCCCUCUGCUGGAGAGUGUCACCUGGAUCGUCUGCAAGGAGCCAAUCAGCGUCAGCCCUGCCCAGAUGGGCAAAUUCCGGAGCCUGCUUUUCUCUGGAGAGGGCGAGGCCGCCUGCUGCAUGGUGGACAACUACCGUCCCCCUCAGCCCCUCAAGGGCCGCGCUGUGCGUGCAUCCUUCAAAUAAAUCCCCCUGCCCCUAAUCCCCCCCCCCCCCCCCCCUCCCUCUGCUUAGUGAGACACCCAGGCGUGCCUCCCCUGCAGUAAGACUCAGAGCACAUGUACUAUAUGUCUGCCCUUACAUUUUUUUAGAAGAACAAAAUCCCUCCUUUCCUGUCGCCCCAUUCCUACCAGUGCAGGGUUGCCCUGCUGUGAUGUGACGUGGGAAGAGGAAACAGUUGAGGCAUUGACCUUUUUUGUAUCCUCUCUCCUCUCUUGAGUGAUAACAAGCCAGAGAAGCCCUGAUGUACUUCACAAGAGAAGCACUCCACAGUGGUGGCUAUAAUGUGAAAGAUUUACCGGGAUUUCGCCUGCGGUGCCAAUGUUGUAGACAGCUACUGGGCUCUGUAGUUUUUCAUAGAUAGAUAGAUAGGAUGUGUCAACAAACAAACAAAGCUUGCGAAGAGGCUAAGACUAUAGAAAUGUAGCUGGGAUCAUGUAAUGGAUGAUUCAGUUGGAGAAAGACAAGCAGACCUGACUAGCAGUCAGUGACAGGCCUGGGGUGGAUGAAACUGCUUCACCAUCUGUGAGUAGGGCCACACACACACACACACACACACACAUACUGCCAGUCUGUCUUUAAUCUCUGAUUGACUGCCUGCCUCAGGAUCACGGCAGCUUAAUGAAACACAGUGGUCGCUUCCAUCACACCCGAUUGAACCAGAACAUCCCCCUCUGGAACACACACACACACACACACACACACACACACACACACACACACACACACACACACACACACACACACACACACACACACACACACACACACACACACACAGUCAUUGACCUGCUCAUUGAUUUUCAUACUAAGCAUGCCCACAGUGCAUACACAGUAUACAGACACACACAUUGACAUACAUACAUGCACACACACCUAAUAGGAGGUUACAGCUACUAACUGUUACCUAUUGUGCUCUGUCAUGACAAUGACUUUGCAUUCCUGUGUUUUUAUAGCAAAGCCUCGUCUUCAAUAAUUUGUUUUAUUUGUUUGUUCCUCUUGGUGUUAUUAGUAAUAUUAAUGGAUUUAUUUUUUCAAUAUUUAAGUGAUUCCUGAAUUGUGUUUUGCAAGUGAAAACUCCUCUAUACUUGUAGUAUUGUCUUGAUGACAUGACAACAGGAGGGUUAGGUCAUGACCCUUUUCAGACAUUAUCACUUGUGUAAUGGAAUAUCCAUCUAAGCAUUGUUUUGCAAGCCCCUAUGUAUUGUGUUGUUGUCAUGUUUCAAACGCACAGUCGCCUUGUGCGAUGCCAUAGGGCACUGCAGCCAACGAAGAAUCAACCCGCCAACUGAUAAGCUUUGUAGUGUUAGUGGGGUGUCAGGUCCUUUUAGGCCAGAUUACUAAUGACGAAGGGUCACCUUUAACUUUGGGACCACAGAAUCAUGCUAAUUAAAAAAUAAAUAAAUGUUGAAUGCAAGUGAAAUUAUGAAUCAUGUCUGUCAAAAAAGGAUGACUGUAUUUGAUAAUGAAAUUGAGUUUAAAAGCCUUAUGCCAAGCACAAUUAAAGGGCCGCCCUGGUAGUAAGUCUUGCUGUUUUUGGAAGUGGAAGUUUUAUCAGUUGAAUAAAUAUAUUUUAUGACAAUU